UUUUUCCUCCUUCUUCCUCUGUCGGGUUGCACGGGGCGCUCUCUCUCCCUCUCUCCUUCUCUCUUUCACUCUGGAAAGCUCGACUUCCGGCCAUCGACUUUUGGCACCGCCACCAUCACCACCACCACCACCACCACCAAAAGAUAGCCUAGUUCUAGUUUUGAUUUGGCUAUCAGAUAAUCCUUCUCUCUCUUCUUUAUCAGAUUUCAAAACCAAAACGAAGAAGGAGCCCUCGUCAAAAUGACAAAACCUAAACUGAAGUCGCCAUCUCUCUCUCUCUCUCUCGGGCACGGGCCCUCUCCCUCUCAGCCUCUAUCCUCGACGGUUCGAUUUCUUUUACAACAAAAGAAUGACUAGAGCUUUUGGGAACCCAUUAAUCCGACACAAGUUAAUUGAGGCUAUCCAGUUCAAAAGAUAAACAAGCUCAAGCGCUCUGGUUUUGUUAACUGGUACUUGAGAGAGGGGAUUCUGGUGUAAAUAUUUAUUGAAACUCUCCGUUCUGUGUUGCAGUGCUGAGAAGGCUAGGAGUGAAGGGCGUGGAGAUAAAGAAACCAGAGCAGCUCAAAACCAUGGCCUCACUCAUAAUCCCUGGAGGAGAGAGCACCACCAUGGCUAAGCUUGCCGAGAACCACAACCUGGUCUUUCUAUCACUCACCCAAACAGUCUCUAUUAUUUGUUGAUUUGUUUAAAGCUUUUUACUUUAUUACUCCCGGGCUCAAUAUGUAUAUGCCUGCUUCUGCAAUUGUCGAUACUUUUAGUAUAUCAGUAAAUGGGGAGAUUAGAUGAAAAUGAGGACUGUUCUAGAAAUGGUGUAAUUUGGCUAUAUGGGUUUUGUUCUUUGGUGCUUUGGGUAUAUAGGAGUGGUGGAAUUGUGAACUAUAUCGGCUUGCCUAAUAUAAUCACAAAUGACACAGGAGGUAAAGGAAAUGAAGUAGAUUAUAGCAUUAUUUGAACAUCCUAGUUCAUUUUGUUGUAGUUAGAAUUUGAUUAGAAAAAAAAAAAAAAGCAUUGAACUUGGCUCUAUGUACCCACCAAGUCUUAGUUUUUUUUUUCCCCUGAUAUGUGGUUUUGUCUCUCAACAGAAUCAAUUAGGUCUUUUCAACAGAUUCUGAAGAUUGGUUUUGUCGCUCAGCUCAUCCAAAAUCUGCAGCAUCCGACUGAGACCCAGAACCAAGUCAGUUUACACGCAUGGGGUAUUCUGAAGAACAGAUGAACCGAGCUAUCAGUGAAGUUUUAGAGACUUCCCAUAACAAGGAAAUCUCUUCACUAUGGCCAUCAGUUCUUUGUCUUCUUCGAGAAGAUGAGGUUUAUGGUUUUCAUAUGAAGUCUCAAAGCAUAAGGGGAAUUCUUCGGGCAACACCAUCCACUCAUACUCUUGUGAAUGGUGAUAGAGAUUGUGUAGAGAGUGAGAGUAGACUGCCCAACACUUCUAGGGAUGGAGGUCCUACACCAAGAAUUAAUUCUGACAAGGUUGCAUCAAAGUCAUUUACGAUGGGAGCUCCUUCAUCUCUCCUCAAUUUCAUGCAGCUACGUUGUUAUUUGGACCACACACACCAAGGGAGUAUGUGCAGGGCUCGCAAGCCGAAUGGCUGCAUAUGCAGGUUGGUGGUAGCUUUGAAAGAACAACAUAAACUCGGAAUAUAAACUCUUCAAGUCCCAAUUGGUUCGGAAUGUGCUUAAUUAGUUAUGCAUCUGGUGUAAUAGAAAUCUAUUUUUUGAAUGUACUAAUGUAGUGUGAUCUUGGUAGUAUAUCAUAUUAGCUGUUACAAGACGGCUUCCAGUGGAUUCUCUACUAAGCUCACUCAACAGCGAAAGUAAAGGUUGUUGAUGUGAAAGUAAAGGUUGUUGAUGCAACUUCUGCUGGCAUCUUCAUUGUCAUCAUAAAGUGUGUUCUUCAAGACUUGGUUGGUUUCAACAUUUUACUAAAUUUUGUUAGAAAACUAGUUCUGUUGAUGUAAUGACUUUGUUGGAUAUAUGGAUAAAUGUAUCGGAUUUUAACAUAAAUGAAUGUGUUUUGGAUGUGAUGUCA